GCCGCCCCGAGGCACCCUCUGGCAGACUAUGCGGCGGCCACAGCCUGGGCGUACAGUGCGCCGUGCGCAGGCGCGGAGCUAGACCUCGCUGCAGCCCCCAUCGCCUCGGGGAGUCUCACUCACCGAGUCCACCCGCUGGCCCUUCAGUGCUCUCCCCUCGUCUGCCCUCCCUAGUUCCUCCAGUGCCUGCCCUACGCGCCCAAAUGGCGGAGCUGCGGCCUAGCGGCGCCCCCGGCCCCACCGCGCCCCCGGCCCCUGUCCCGACUGCCCCCCCGGCCUUCGCCUCGCUCUUCCCCCCGGGACUGCACGCCAUCUACGGAGAGUGCCGCCGCCUUUACCCUGACCAGCCGAACCCGCUCCAGGUUACCGCUAUCGUGAAGUACUGGUUGGGUGGCCCAGACCCCUUGGACUAUGUUAGCAUGUACAGGAAUGUGGGGAGCCCUUCUGCCAACAUCCCCGAGCACUGGCACUACAUCAGCUUUGGCCUGAGUGAUCUCUAUGGUGACAACAGAGUCCAUGAGUUUACAGGAACAGAUGGACCUAGUGGUUUUGGCUUUGAGUUGACCUUUCGUCUGAAGAGAGAAACUGGGGAGUCUGCCCCACCAACGUGGCCCGCAGAGUUAAUGCAGGGCUUGGCGCGAUAUGUGUUCCAGUCAGAGAACACCUUCUGCAGUGGGGACCAUGUGUCCUGGCACAGCCCUUUGGAUAACAGUGAGUCGAGAAUUCAGCACAUGCUGCUGACAGAGGACCCACAGAUGCAGCCCGUGCAGACACCCUUUGGGGUAGUUACCUUCCUCCAGAUCGUUGGUGUCUGCACUGAGGAGCUACACUCAGCCCAGCAGUGGAACGGGCAGGGCAUCCUGGAGCUGCUGCGGACAGUACCUGUCGCUGGAGGCCCCUGGCUGAUAACUGACAUGCGGAGGGGAGAGACCAUAUUUGAGAUCGAUCCACACCUGCAAGAGAGAGUUGACAAAGGCAUUGAGACAGACGGCUCCAACCUGAGUGGUGUCAGUGCCAAAUGUGCCUGGGACGACCUGAGCCGCCCCCCCGAGGAUGACGAGGACAGCCGGAGCAUCUGCAUCGGCACACAGCCCCGGCGGCUCUCUGGCAAAGACACAGAGCAGAUCCGGGAGACCUUGAGGAGAGGACUCGAGAUCAACAGCAAACCUGUCCUUCCACCAAUCAACCCUCAGCGGCAGAACGGCCUCGCCCACGACCGGGCCCCGAGCCGUAAAGACAGCCUGGAAAGUGACAGCUCCACGGCCAUCAUUCCCCAUGAGCUCAUUCGCACACGGCAGCUCGAGAGUGUACAUCUGAAAUUCAACCAGGAGUCCGGAGCCCUCAUUCCUCUCUGCCUAAGGGGCAGGCUCCUGCAUGGACGGCACUUUACAUAUAAAAGUAUCACAGGGGACAUGGCCAUCACGUUUGUCUCCACGGGAGUAGAAGGCGCCUUUGCCACAGAGGAGCAUCCUUACGCGGCUCAUGGACCCUGGUUACAACGACCUCCAUCCUUCGAGGUCCCGAGCCGUACCGCUUGCUCACUUUCCUUGUUAAUCUCACAGUGUGGAAACUUUUGUUCUUGGCAGCUGACAAUUCCCAGGGGAAACCUGAUUCUGUUGACCGAAGAGUUUGUAGAGAAAAUGUUGGAGGAUUUAGAAGAUUUGACUUCUCCAGAGGAAUUCAAACUUCCCAAAGAGUACAGCUGGCCUGAAAAGAAGCUGAAGGUCUCCAUCCUGCCUGACAUGGUAUUCGACAGUCCGCUACACUAGCCUGGGCUGGGCCCUGCAGGGGCCAGCAGGGAGCCCAGCUGCUCCCCAGUGACUUCCAGUGUAACAGUUGUGUCAACGAGAUCCCCACAAAUAAAAGGACAAGUGUGAGGAGGACUGCGCAGCACCACCCCGUAGCCCAGUGGGGUGCAAUGCACAGACCACGGGCCCCCAUCUCACCUCCAGCUCAGGGGCUGCACCCCCCCACCCCCCAUGGCUAAGCCCUGCAACCCAUCAGGCCAGUAAGCGGGCAAAUGCAGACCCUCCCUGACUGCUGCCUGAAUAGAUUCUGGUCUGAGGUUUGACUCUGGACCCUGGCUGUGCCCCUAGGUGGAGACAGGCCUCAUUCUCACCUACCCCGUGCCGCACAGCAGGAGGUGGGUGCCGCACAGCAGGAGGUGGGCGGACAGCCCAGGUGCAGAGCAGAGCAUGUGGAUGCACCGCCCAGCUCAGCUCUGGAAGCCUUUGCUACUCAAGCUUCUCUGGCCAUGGAACAAUUCCUCUGAUCGUGUUUGGUUUUCUUCUUCCUUAUUUUAUUUUGUAGAAACCGGAUGGUAUUUUAUUGCUCUGCAAAGAUGUCCAGAAGCCAUGUAUAUAAUGUUUUUUAAACAGAACUUUAUUCCCCAUUGAACUUUCCCAUUCUCUGACAGAGGCCCAGGGCUGUAUGUCUCCCUGGACUGCCACGACAGAAGGUGCUUGGUGUUCGCCUGCCAGCCCCAGAGCCCUGGAGGAGCCGGCUGCAAAGACAGGCUUUUCUUCUCAGCUGGGCCUGGCAGAGCCUGGGGCCGGGGGAGAGUGGAGACACCAACUUGUGCAGCUUUGAGCCUAGUUUAGCUGGGGCCAGGGAGGGGGGCUACUGUUUUCAAGUGAAUGGGUCUCAAAGACUUGGUGACCCCAGCCUCAUCUUCUAGGCCUUUUCCACCCAACCAGGCCUGCCUGGGAGAGGGUGAGCUUCAGCAUGUCACACACUGCCACUCAGGGCCUGGGUCUCCAGCUCUGUAACCAGUCCCGUCUCAUUUCCCCAGUGCCUGGGCCUACCAGUCUCAGGCUGUAGGACUGGCUUACUAAAACUGAAAACUCUGCCUCUCAACAUCUCUUUCACUUUGGUUUUGCUAACACUGCUCUCUGCUGCCCUCCCAUCCUCCCCGUAUCCAUCCAUGCCCUGCCCUGUCUUUCAAUCUCCACUCCUCAUCCCGCCUCCUUUCCAGCAUCCUGGCCUCUCAUGGUCAUCAGCCCUUCACCCCCAGUGCUGCAGAUCUUGCAGUCUGCCUUCCGGAAGCCAGCCUUAUCUCUACCCCGUGGAUUUGGAGUUCCUCCCGGCUUGUUUCCCACUCCUGACCUGGAACUAGCAAGCCCCUUCCCACCUUCUAACCCCCAAAUCUAGGGACUGCUGUAAUACUUCAGGAUCACUUUCCACCUCUUCAAAGCAAAUCAUGACUACGCAGGGCUCCUCAUGGCUCCCAUCUGCCUCUGCUACACACACAGGCACCACCAGGGAUGCCACAGGAGCGCCCCCAGGGGUAUGAGGGCACCAGCUGGGUUCUCUAGGGACAGGAGUUGGACCUCCCUGGAGCCACUAGGCCUGGCCUCUGCACAUCCUCAGGGCUAUCCAGUUAACUCCAUCAAGCUCAGAGCUACAAGGCACAUCAGCCUGGAGUAUUUGGGAGAGACUGGCUCCAGGUCCCCACCAGCCAAGAUGCAAGCCACUCGGAACCUCAUGUCGGCAGCUGUGCCUCUACUGCCCUGAGGACUUUUCAGAGGGAGCCCUACUGGCCUUCACCCACCACAGCAGCCCUUCCUCUGAAGCUCUUAUCUUCUGACAUUUCACAGGCAGAGAAGUGCCAUCAGUUUGCCACACUGACCAGCCUCUACCUGCACUCUGUCUUGCUGGAGACCGGCCUGAGGGUCCCCCGCUGCAGUUCACCCUGCUUCCGUCUGUGGUUGGGUGGGGAGGGGCAUUUUCUGAGCUAAGCUUUGUCAUCAGCUUAUGAAGCACCUGGUCGGCAACUUGCCCCAGGCCUGGAAGGCGUUUGCAGACUGAAGGUAGGCACCAGCCAGCAUGUGGACCUGUUCCAGGGGAGCAAGGAAAGGAGGAAGUGGGUGAGCUCCGAGAUGAUGAGCACAUGAAGCCUGUGGCCCCUUGGUACCCAUGCUAUUUCAGGGAGCCUCGUGUACAUCCAAGAUCCUGCAGGGGCCAGGCUUCGUCUCACUGGCUCUGGGGACUGGGCAGGGCAUCACGCAUCUCUGACCAGGCCUCCUUUCCCAUGGGCAUUGGUGCCUGCCAGAGGUGUCUCAGGCUGCUGGCUUAGUGACAGAGGACCCUCAAAGAUCAAGCCAGGCUGACCUUGGACCCUGCCCAGCACGGCUUCUGGCACAGGAUGCUAGGUGAAUGUACCCGAUUUUCCCUCCCUACAGCUCUGUGAGAGCCCCUGACCUUGUAGUGGGUGGAAGAGGCAAGGGGCCUCCCUCCCUAAAUCUGCCUCUUUCUGCAGGCUGCUUGGAGAUUUGCCUAGUCCUACCCAGCCCCCCAGGUCCCUGGUGCUAGAGCUUCUGAGAAGGGCCUUUCCCUUGCUGUCUCCUGCUGUAUAAGGCAGGCUCCCGUGGCUCCGCUGGCCCAGAGUGGGCUGCAGGAGGACCACAGACCCAGCUGCCAUUCUGAGGGUUUGGGGAGGCUUGUGCGAGGUCUCAGGCCUGGCUGGGGAGCUCAUGCCUCUUCCUGCCCAUCUUCCUCUUCCAAGGGCAGCGCUCCAAGGCAGGGACUGGGGAAGCUGAAGGGAGAGUCUAAAAGGGCUAGAGCAUUUAAAAAAAUAGAUACAGGGUCUUGAGACUGGGGUUUCGGAUUGAGUUGCAAGCAGGGAGAAAACCUGAAGGUCGGUGCCCCUAUGGGGCAGGCCAGUAAAGAAUUUCCUUUACUGUAUUUUUUUAUCCGGUCUUCCCUCUCUGGCUUCUAGGAUGUCCACGCCAGAUGAGGUGCCUGGGUCCCUGUUACAAGUCAGGAGCCCUGUAGAGAGACCCCUCCUUUUGUACAAGUACCUGAAUGCUGCAACGAGCAGAUUUUUGUAAAUUUUAUAUUAGUUUUUAAUGUCAGUGGCGACUCGGUUCCUGGGGCUGCAGCCAGCCUGGGACUUUUGUAAGAAUUUUUGGGUGACUCACUUAGAUGUUUCCUUCUUGCCCCCUCUUCCUCUGUGUAAUCUAAGUGCAUUAAACAUCUUUGCAGAA